GACUGAGUUGCUUGUCUUCUUUGGUCAAACGCUGCCUUUUGCAGAUGGUUAUCCAAGGACAGGCACAGCUCGGAGAGAUUGAAUUUUAAGUCUUCUGGGUUUGUUUCCCUGGACCUCCAGUUGUCAGGCGCUAAGACCUCAGGAAGCAGAUAUAAAGACCUGAAGUAGCCUUUCCUGUCUAAAGAUGGAAAACAGUACCACCACCAUUUCUCGGGAGGAGCUUGAGGAGCUUCAAGAAGCAUUUAAUAAAAUAGAUAUUGACAACAGUGGAUAUGUUAGUGACUAUGAACUUCAGGACUUGUUUAAGGAGGCAAAUCUUCCUCUUCCUGGGUACAAGGUGCGUGAGAUUGUGGAGAAAAUUUUCGUGUUUACUGACAGCAACAAAGAUGGCAAAAUCAGUUUUGAAGAAUUCGUGUCACUAAUGCAAGAGUUAAAAAGCAAAGAUAUCAGCAAAACAUUCCGGAAAAUAAUUAACAAAAGAGAAGGGAUUACUGCUAUCGGGGGAACUUCAUCUAUUUCCAGCGAGGGUACACAGCAUUCCUACUCAGAUGAAGAAAAAGUAGCUUUUGUCAACUGGAUAAACAAAGCUCUAGAGAAUGACCCAGACUGUAGCCAUCUUCUGCCCAUGAACCCCAGCGAUGACAGCCUGUUCAAAUCGCUUGCAGAUGGCAUCCUUCUUUGCAAAAUGGUCAACUUAUCGGAACCAGACACGAUUGAUGAAAGGGCCAUCAAUAAGAAGAAACUCACUCCGUUCACGAUCUCUGAAAAUCUGAAUCUAGCCCUGAAUUCCGCCUCAGCCAUUGGGUGCACCGUGGUCAACAUUGGUGCCCAGGAUCUGAAAGAGGGAAAGCCGCACUUGGUCCUGGGGCUUCUCUGGCAGAUCAUCAAAGUUGGGCUUUUUGCUGAUAUUGAGAUUUCCAGGAAUGAAGCUUUGAUUGCCUUGCUGAAGGAAGGGGAGGAGCUAGAGGAGCUGAUGAAGCUUUCUCCUGAGGAGCUGCUGCUACGCUGGGUGAACUACCAUCUGACCAAUGCAGGAUGGCAGACCAUCAGCAACUUCAGCCAGGACAUUAAGGACUCAAAAGCCUAUUUUCAUCUGCUUAAUCAAAUUGCUCCUAAAGGUGACCGAGAUAAUGAACCUGCCAUUGCUAUUGAUCUUUCAGGAUUUAAUGAGAAAAACGACCUGAAGCGUGCUGGAUUCAUGCUUCAGGAGGCCGAUAAGCUUGGCUGCAGACAGUUUGUUACCCCUGCAGAUGUGGUUUCAGGAAACCCCAAGCUAAAUCUAGCCUUUGUAGCAAAUCUCUUUAACACAUACCCAUGCCUGCACAAGCCUGAUAAUAAUGAUAUUGAUAUGAAUUUAUUGGAAGGGGAGAGCAAGGAAGAGAGGACCUUUCGGAACUGGAUGAAUUCACUGGGGGUCAACCCAUACAUCAACCAUUUGUACAGUGACCUUGCAGACGCCUUGGUGAUCUUUCAGCUGUAUGAGAUGAUCCGUGUGCCAGUCAACUGGAGCCAUGUCAACAAGCCCCCUUAUCCUGCUCUUGGAGGGAACAUGAAGAAGAUUGAGAACUGUAACUAUGCAGUAGAGCUUGGGAAGAAUGAAGCCAAAUUCUCUUUGGUUGGCAUUGGUGGGCAGGACUUAAACGAAGGGAAUGCAACCCUUACCCUGGCACUGGUAUGGCAGCUCAUGAGAAGGUACACACUGAAUGUAUUAUCAGAUCUUGGAGAAGGGGAAAAAGUCAGUGAUGAUAUCAUUAUUAAAUGGGUCAAUCAGACUCUUAAAAGUGCAAACAAAAGCACUUCUAUUUCCAGCUUCAAGGAUAAAUCUAUUAGUACAAGUUUGCCUGUCUUAGAUUUAAUAGAUGCCAUCGCACCAAAUGCAAUUCGUCAAGAAAUGAUUAAGAGAGAAGACUUGACUGAUGAGGACAAACUGAACAAUGCUAAAUAUGCCAUUUCAGUUGCUCGGAAGAUUGGUGCCCGGAUAUAUGCAUUACCUGAUGACCUCGUAGAAGUAAAACCAAAGAUGGUUAUGACUGUGUUUGCCUGCUUAAUGGGAAAAGGACUGAACAGAAUAAAAUAAUGAAGCAUUUAUGAUCUGCCACAUUAAACACAUCGAAUGUCUCAGUUUACAGAAUUUUGAAAUGUAGUGGGUAUAAAAUCAGAUUAUCUGUAUGCUCAAAAUAGUUCUAUAUUCAGUAAAUAAAUAAUAUCUUGUCCAUACUAGUUAGAAUUUGUCAAUCUUUUGGAUAACACAAUUUCUUUAAUAAUCAAUACCAACACAGGAAUAUCUUCUCAAUCUCAAGCUGCUAUUUCAUAGUUAAAUAAUUUUAUUUCCUAAAGGUCUUACCAAAAUAAGACUAAUCAUUAUUUUUCAUGGCUCAAAAAAGAUCUGUAUAAAGUUUUGUCAGGUCCUACUAUUAAAUGUGUUUGGAUUUUUUUGAAGUGUUAUUUAAUUUUGAUGACAAAUAUACCUAAAGUCAUAAUCAAACCUAAUCCUUUUGUUUUUCCCUAUGUAAAGUGAUCUAAAAUUGUAAUCUUUCUGUAAAUUUCUAUCUCGUAUAAUAAUUUAAAGGGAUAAGUAUAGUUCAUCAACAGUAAAUGUUUUUAACAUGAAAACUAAGUCUUGACUAAACCCCAAGUUUCACUCAUGCUGUAGGAACUUUUGUUUUUUUUUUUUUUGUUUUGUUUUGUUUUUGUUUUUACGAGACAGGGUUUCUCUGUAUUGUUUUGGAAGCUGUCGGUCCAGCACGGCCUCAAACUCGGAACUUUUUACUUAAAGCUUUGCUACUUUACAUGUCCUAGUUUGAUAAUACAGCUUUAUUUAUUUAUUUUUUGGCUUUUUGAGACAGGGUUUCUCUGUGGCUUUGGAGGUUCUCCUGGAACUAGCUCUUGUAGACCAGGCUGCCCCUGAACUCACAGAGAUCCACCUGUCUCUUGCCUUCUGAGUGCUGGUAUUAAAGGCAUGUACCACCACCCAGCUCCCAGAUUCUCUUAAAUGGUAUGUAUUAAGUGGUCAGCCAGCCAUUUAGUAUUUAUUUUGCCCCUACAAUAUGUGUGACACUUUUCAGCUUGUGGAUAUCUGAUAUGUGAGAUCUUUUACAAAUAUUAAUUAUGAAUGUGCAUAUAGUUAUUUUUCACCUAGUUCCUUUCAAGUAUUUGCAGCCAAGCGUUGAAUAGAACAUCCCAGCUGACACUGAUACUAUCCUGUUAGCAUCACAUUACACUUACUAGUUUCAUUACUAGUCGUAAUGAAGCCUACAUAAUUAGAAUAUGCCCACCAAAUAACUUUCAUAGAAAACAUUUAAAAGCUAAUGUCUGUCAUAGUUUCAUGUUUUUCAUGGCCCUGUAUAAACUGGAAAUGUUUUAAGGUUUGUGUUCAAUAGGAAGAGUUAAAACUUGAAACCUCUUUUCCUCAGAAUUUUUUAGCAGUAGAGAAAUUCUGUGGCUCAUAGUUGACGCUAGAAAUAUACUCCCCUCAUCUUCUACUUUAGUGCCUGUGAGCAAUCCUACCAUGCAACGAAAGUGCUCCACUUAUCUCCGUGUGAAUGAGUUGUCUACACCCUCCUCUUCCACUGAUGGAAACAUAUAUGUUAAAAGUGGAGUGACUGUGUGUGUAGGGUAGACUUUUUAAAAUGAAAUACUAACAGGUGGAGUUCUGAAAUAUAUUCUUCUACAAGAGACUUGACUUUUAUAUUUUGAUGCUUGUUUUCUUAUAUGAAGAUUAAGUAUGCUUUUGUUCUUUUUCUGAGAUUAUUUAAAUUAUGCUUCUGAUUUUUUUCACCACCAUAUUUACUAAGAUAGUCUGAUUUACAUGGAAUUUAGUACUUUAAAGUCUUUUUCUCACAAAGUAUGUUUAAUAAAAUGCUGUGUAUGUACAAUA